UUUUGCUAAUUAAAGGAGUUCUUUUUUUUAAAGUUUGAAUCACAGCUUGGAGAUAUUGAUUAUCUGUCUUUUCCGGAGCUGGAGUCUCUGAACUACACAAUGUUCUCCCCAUCACACUCUCAACUCCAAUCCGAGCUUGGAUUCUCUCUCAGCGCAUUUCAGUCUGGCUUGAGUGACUUUUCAGGGAACUACAACAACAGCAGCAGCAGCAGCUCCCAGGUUCAGACUCAGUUCGGUACUAACGAAGUGGAUACGUACGUAUCAGAGUUUGUGGACUCGAUUCUUGAUCUCCCAGAUGAAGCAGUUCCAGAGCAGGACGGGUCAGCGCCACAUCAGAUAGCAUAUGCACAGGCACAGCACUCGGUAGGUGACAUGAGCAAUGAGGUUUCGAGAACAGGUAUCAUCAAGUUACAGGCUCGAAGGGAACAACCCUCAGGUUGUGCCACUGACUAUAUAGUCCAUGGAAGUGCCUCGAAAAGGUUGCGUCUGCAAAGCAACCUCGACGGUAUUAAGUCGAGAAGUCUAGAGAUUCAGACUAUCAAGAGAGAGGUUGAGGAUACGGAUGGAGAUAGCAUGAAGAAGGGGAAGCAAUCAAAGAACAAAACCGGAUUCUUGUUUAGAAAGAUCGUGUCCAUGAGAUGUUCGUACGGAGGACUUUUUAGGGCAGCCGUAGUUGCAGUCCUGUUCUUGAUGUCAGUGUGCAGUCUGACCGCAGACUUCCGAGCUUCCGUGUUGAUCUGAAAACUGUGAAACCUUUGUUAUAUAUAGUGCUCGAACCAGGUUCUUUUUUUUUUUAUUUGGUUUUGGUUUCAGUUUUCACCUUAUCAAGGGCGAGUGUACGUCUGUAUUAUUUGUUUGUAUACAUUGUAUAACGUUAUGAUGAGAUGUUAAGACUCUAGCUACUUCUCUGACUUUAUUAGAGAGUUCUUGUUACAUAAUUAAAGCUUUUUUAACGCGUU